GCGGGCGUUGCGCGGUGUCAGCGGGCGGCGGCGCGGCGGCGUUUUGGGGCUCGGCGGCGGCGCCGCGCCUUCGUCUGAAGACUGAGAGCGCAUGACAGCGUCGUUGUCGUCAUCGCUCUCGACGUGGCGCCACUUGUCGAAAAUGCCCAUGUCACGAGAGGAUACUAUAUGUUGUCAGCGCGCUGUACAUUCAAAUUGACGGCCAUAUCCGCGCGCCGCGCUGCUUUUUUUUG